UAGAGUAAGAGUAUGACCAUAUGAUCAGAAAUAUACUCCGACCUUUACUCCGAGCUCGUCGUUCACAAUCUUACUCUGAUAAACGUCAGAGUAAGCUAUAGGUUAUAACAAAGAUUACCCGGUUUGGUUAUAUUUAUGUUUUUAUCAAUGUUUGAGUAUCCGUGCCGCGUGCUAGAGACAACCUUUCGUGCAUUUUUAUCUUGAAUUUUGGCUGUCGUAAAUGUGUAACAUGGAUCCUAGAGUGGAAAUUAUAAUGGCUUCUUGGGAAGUUUUGACUAUGAGUGAAGAAGAAUCUUCUUCUGAUGAAGAAAUUUUGUCCGUUGUCUCUGCAAAUAGCCGGGGGCAGAAACCAGUAAGAAUUGUAAAUUAUUUGUUUCACAGUAUUCCGAAUUUCACAGCAGAACAAUUCAGGAUGCAUUUCCGAAUGACUGUAAGUACUUUUGACAAAGUAUUAGGAGCUGUGGGUCCAAGCUUGAAGAACAUUCACUCAGAUGGCAGGCAUACGGUUGAACCAAAAAAACAAUUAUUAAGCGUUAUUUGGCUUUUAGCUACACCUGAUUCAUUUAGGUCUGUUAAUGAGAGAUUCGAUUUGGCGAAGUCCACGCUAUUCAACUGUUUUUUCCGCGUGAUUCAUGUGCUUAACAUGAUAGCACCAACCAUAAUUAAAUGGCCAUCAGGACCUUAUGCUGCUGAAGUAAAGGAAGGUUUUUCAAGAACUGGGCUGGAUUCAUGCUUGGGUAUAGUAGAUGGCAGUUAUAUAACAAUAAAAGCCCCCAGAACGCACCCAGAAGUGUAUGUUUGCCGCAAAAAAUUUCAUGCCAUAACUCUCCAAGCAAUUUGUGAUCACACUCUGAAGUUCACAGAUUGUUUUGCUGGUUAUCCAGCUUCUGUAAAUGAUUAUAGGAUAUUCAAAAAUUCCGAUAUUUAUAAAAGCCUAAUUGAGAAUCCUCUCCAAUACUUUCCCAAUAAUGAAUAUAUUAUUGGAGAUAAAGCUUAUCCUGCGAAGCAAUGGUGCAUCAGUCCCUAUAUCAAUAGAGGGGAUUUAUGCCAGGUGCAAAUUAAUUUCAAUACACAACUAAGUCGGGUUAGGCAAUGUAUAGAAAGAAGUUUUGCCUUAUUGAAGGGAAGGUUCAGACGGUUGAAAUACCUGGACAUGAACAGGAUCGACUUGAUACCAGCAACGAUUCUUGCUUGUUGUGUCCUUCAUAAUAUAUGUAUUUCUGAUGAAGAUGUAUCAAAAGAAAUGAUUGAAGAAGGGCAGUUAAACAAUUUGAAUGAUGAUUCUAUAUCUUUACAAUCAGAAGAAAUGGUAGAAAUGGUUGAGAAUGGCACUGAUGAGGCAGGAACGAUGAGAAGAGAUGUUAUUGCUCGAAAUCUUUUUUUGCAAACGCAAUAAAUUUAAAUCAUAUAAUACUACAUUUUAUUGACUACUGUUUCAUGAGGACCUAUAUCACGAAUUAUUAUGGUUGAAAUAUCAA